UGUUCCGAUUAAAGUGAACCCUUGCCAAAGGCUUGCAAAUAUGAAUGUGUUUACUUCUAAAACUGCUGUUGGCUGUCGUCUAGCAAAUGCAUGUUUUAAAAGAAGUUUUUAUUUAUAUUCCCCUGAACCAUUUCAUCCCCUUUCUGACAGAGUUCCCGAGUAUAAAUCAGCAGAGGAGGCGGUACAGGUGAUCCAGUCAGACAGUCGAGUGUACAUCCAUGGAGCUGCAGCCACGCCCGUUAAGCUGAUUGAGGCCAUGACAGAGCAUGGCAAGAAGGCAAAGCUCAGGAAUGUGGAAAUCAUGCACAUUCAUACAGAGGGGCCAGGGACUUACAAUCAGCCAGAAUAUGAAGGAAUCUUCAGAUCAAACUCUCUUUUUCUCGGUGCCAAUGCCAGGAAAGCUGUCAAUGAAGGCAGAGCGGACACAAUCCCAAUAUUCCUGUGCGAAAUUCCCCACCUGUUUCGGCGUAGAAUCAUUGACAUAGAUGUGGCUCUGGUAACCGUGGCACCACCGGAUAAACAUGGCUUCUGUUCACUUGGAACCAGUGUAGACUGCACCAGGUCGGCAAUUCAGAAUGCUAGAUAUAUCAUAGCCAUGGUAAAUGAUCACAUGCCAAGGACGUUCGGGGACGGUGUGAUUCAUGAAUCCCACAUUGAUGCCAUGGUUCAAAACAGUGAACCCUUGCACGAACUCAAGCGAGGGGCAUUAUCCGAGGAGGAAAAGAAAAUCGGAAAACUGAUCGCUGAUAACCUGGUGGUUGAUGGGGCAACAUUACAAAUGGGUAUUGGAGCCAUUCCUGAUGCAGUAUUGUCACAGCUAGGUCACCACAAGAACCUGGGUGUUCAUUCCGAGAUGUUUAGUGAUGGUGUUGUAGAACUUGUAGAGAAGGGCGUUAUCACAAACUCGGAGAAGUCCAUCCUGACCGGCAGACUGGUCAGCAGCUUUUCCGUCGGAACCAAGAUCCUCUACAACUUCCUGAACAACAACCCCUCUGUUGAAAUGAGAGAUGUAGAAUUUACCAACAAUGUCGCCAUUAUUUGUCAAAAUCCUCGUAUGACAGCCAUUAACUCGUGCAUUGAGGUUGACCUGACAGGACAAGUUUGUGCCGAUUCUAUAGGAGAGAGGCUGUACUCUGGGUUCGGAGGUCAGAUAGAUUUCAUUAGAGGUGCUGCUGUUGGAUUGGAUGGGGAGGGAAAGGCCAUCAUAGCAAUGCCUUCAGCAACAAGGAGAGGGGAGAGUAAAAUUGUCCCCAUAUUAAAAAGUGGAUCCGGUGUGGUGACCACCAGGGCACAUGUUCACUACAUUGUGACGGAGUACGGCAUAGCGUACCUGUUUGGUAAGAGCCUACGACAGCGGGCCUACGCUCUCAUCAACAUCUCUCACCCCGACCACAGGGAGUGGCUCGAGAAGGAGGCGUUCAACAGACUCAAGUGUAUGCCCUCACCAUGAGAAAGUAUUAGCCUGUGUGUGUUUCCGAUUAAAGCAAUAGUUAUAUGUGCGACUAAAAUCGUUGUUGAGUUUUGAAGACUUGUUAAUAGCCGAAGAUAUUUAGUGUAAGAAUAUACUGUAGGUCUUUAUUACAUUCAGAUUUGUGAUACAGAUAUCAGAUAUCAAUGUCACUUAUGUUGUUAUUUGGUAAAAGUUAGAAACUUAAAGACCUAUAUCCCAGUAAAGCUACAUAAAGGUGCCAUUACUGGUGGUUUGAUCAUGUAUUUAGAUGGCAUUGAAAAUCAUGUACUAACUGGUGGAUUUUUUUUUUAAAUCUAAGAAAACACCAAAAUUGUCAAAGUAAAUAGAAUUGUGAUUUUUUUCCUUUUGUUCUAUGUGCACAUAUGGUUGUAAUAAAGAUUGUUAAUUUGAUUGAUAGGAUUACAAUGCAUUAAUUUUAUAACUAAUUGUCAUUAUGCUCACAUGUGCACAGCAGCUAUAAAAAAAAGAAGAUAUCAAAUAUACAGAUCUGUUGAUGAUUAUACAUUUCUGAGCUCUUGAGCGGGUUUUGGUUUUUUUUUUUUGAGAAAAAAUUUUGUUGUAUUUAAAACCUGGAAUACUUUUACUCCAGGCUUGCUGACUAUGUUUAAGUAUUUCCCUGUUGUAUCAGAUUCCUCAUAGAAAAAGAUUUUCAUUUUCUUGAUACACAUGUACUGAGUUAAAUGUACACACCUUGGCAAGAUUUUGUUCACCUGGAUUGUUAGUGUGUAGAAUUCUCUUCUACAUGUAGGUGUUAAAAAAUCAUAAUUAUAAAGAGAUCUUUUGUAACUUUUAAUUUUUUUUUCAAUAUUGAAAACUGGGUAGUGGAUAUAGGAACUGAUUUUAAUUAGAUAGAUAUUGAUCGAAAUAUCUCAGAAAAGCUAAAUCCUACCAGGUUAAAAGAGGAAAGUAGUUUUAUCAAGAGAAAAGUUUACUGUUGGACAGUUAUAUGUGUGUUUCCUUGUUAAAUCCGGUAAUUGUCUUUUAUCAAAUGAGAUUUGUACAGAGUGUGACAUAAUCAGUGUGGGCGUUUACCUUCUCUGUUGAUUUUACAAUUACUUGAAUAUUUGAUGUACCGGUACUGUUUUUGACAAUACGGCAUGAAGAAACAUUACCUCAUUUUUAUUGUCUUUAAAAGUGAUAUGUUUUUAAAAUCUUUUUAUUUGGCUUAAAAGGAUAUUUUAAUACAUGUAUGAUAUCUCAAACUAAUGGCAUGAAUAUCCAAUAUAUCAUGGCUAUUGCUUUUUUCCUCUCUGAAUUUUAUUUUGUUUUCAUGUACACAUUGCCAAUAUUUACAAUUUUUAAUAGCAUGAAGAAAUUAUGUAUAUACUGCGCUGAGUAAAUGUUGAAUAAAUUUUAAAAUAAUG